CUUCGUGGGGUCCAUGCCGACCAAUCAUAAUCUCUGUACCGUGUAGUCGGCAUGGCUCCCACCUUAAUUAGCCGCAGUCGCCGUAGUUACGCCUGGUCAACUUUUCCUACGUCAAAACACAUCGAAUGACGUGAAAGACGUGGUGAUUGCGUCAGCAUUCGCGCGACUGCUCUCCCCUGGUAUAACAGACAACAAAUAAUUAGAAUUAACAGAUCUGUGAAGCACAUCAGUCACCGGCAGAGUUCACAGAAGUUUCCGUCGGGGCUCGAAGUGUUGCGCACUCUUAUUUAGGACUCUUGUGUGGGCUGUUAAACAAACCUCAUUUUCUCUACAAAAGAAUGCAGUCUGAUGGUGAUGAAGAGGAAUGUUAUACUACUAUAAUUGAAAAAAGACCUUCCAAAUAUGAGGAAAAGGAUGAGUUUUCAGACAUUGUUCUGGUAGUAGAGGACAAGAAGCUUCACUUAAACAAAACUCUGUUGAUGAUCCAUUCAAGUGUGUUCAAGUCAAUGUUCACAUCGGAGAUCAUUGAAAAGGACUUAGAAGAGAUUCCACUUCCAGGCAAGAAAGUGGAUUUAAUGGUGGAACUAUUGGACCAAUUCUAUCCCCGGUACACUACUGACAAAUUUCACUUGGAAACUCUGCGGGAACUUCUUCAACUCGCCGAUGAGUUUGGUGUGCAGCAGGUCUUUCACAACUGCCGAGCAUACUUCGACAGACGCAUAAAUUGCACGUAUCAAGGCAUGAAGACUGAUGAAAUUUUACUCUUCCUUGGGAUAGUCGAAGAGUGGAGCAGCAAACACGAUGAACUAAGUUCGUUCAGAUUUGAUUUAAUUACAAAGGCAAGUAAAGUAGGCAUAUGUCAUUUGAAAGAAAACAGAUAUUUUUCUUCUCUACCUGCUAUCGCUCAAAGAGACAUACUCAUGCGUCGUCUUGAGGCAGCAGAAAGGAUAUUAUAAACUAUAAGACCUAGAGUUAAACAAUUGACUAGUAUGAUUGAAACUACUGAUGGCUUUCAUUGUAAUCCUUUGUGACGAGCUUUUGUGUCAGACAUCUUAUAAACACCCACAUAAGGUUUUCUGUGAAACAUCUAGGACGACUCAGGGUUCUGUGAGUCCAUCUCAGGAUUCCUGACGAUUACUUUUGUAACAAGAUCAUAAAAUAUAUCGAUAGAUUAUUAUUAAUAUUCAUCAAUUUGAAUAGUUCGCGCUGUUUAUAGGUGAGAUUAGUUUGAUGUUACACGGGUACAAUUAAUCUCAUUAGACUUCAUACUAGCAGUCUACACUAAAAGUUAUAUCGCACCAUUGCUAUGCUAAACGAUAGCACAUGUUGGGCGAUAUUUUAUAUUAAAUGAAACUAUUUUGAUAGUAAAUAUAUUUUGAAAUUUCAUCUAGAGAUUCUGUGUAUCGUCAGUUUGCAGAUAAAAGAUUUUGCUCAGUUUACAUCCAAGGAACUUACUCUUGCACAGCACACUACAGUUAGUAAAUGAAUUUCUAGCCAAAUACUUUUUUAUUAAUAUUUUUCCCAAACUGUCUGCUACUCAGUAUUUAGUAGCAUUGCGUGUUCAAAUUGCCAACUAUUAUGUUGCACUAACACUAAAUCGUAAGGAAGAUAGCGUUUAUAUGAGUAGUUUGUGUAGUAGAAGUGAUCAAAGCUAUGUGUAACUAUGUCUGAGAGUCAUAUACCGCAAGUAAACCCAUAAGUAAGUUUACAUUUGUUUUCAUUCUCAUCGAUCUCAAUAGCAAAUAAAGGUGUCUACUUAAUUUGCAA